AUGCAGGCACCCCCCCCGGCCCCCCCGCCGAAGGGCCGGGGCCCCAAAAGUCCCCCCCCAGCGCCGCCGCCGCCUCGAGGAGGCCGGCGCAGCGCAGCCGACACCGACACUAGGCUCAGAGCGCCCGACGGCUUUCGGCCGAGCCGAUCCGGAGGCGGCGCAGGGAACCGCACUGAGAGGGCCGCCAAGGCUGUGGACACCCAACAGGACGCCGGUCACAAUGGCCGGAGCUCUGAGGGGUCGAGGCGCCCGGAACCAGGAGGCGAGGAGGAAGUCUAAGGAAAGAUGGCUGGCACUCACCCCUAUUUCAACCUGCCCGACUUCACCCAGCCAUCGCCGCCCUCCACUCCGCCCAGCCUCCACUCGCACCACCGCUGCCGGCCCUCCGAUGCCACCAAGGGUCUGCUUGUGGCCCUGCUGGGCGGGGGCCUGCCCGCUGGCUUCGUGGGCCCCUUCUCCCGGAUGGCUUACCAGGCUUCCCACUUGCCCUCGAUGGAGCUGCUCAUCUGUCGAUGUCUCUUCCACCUCCCCAUCGCCCUGCUACUUAAACUGCGAGGCGACCCACUGUUGGGACCCCCGGAUGUCCGGGGCCGGGCCUGCCUCCAUGCCUUGCUCAACGUGCUCAGUAUCGGAUGUGCCUACAGUGCGGUUCAGGUGGUGCCCGCUGGGAACGCUGCCACCGUUCGCAAAGGUUCUUCCACCGUCUGCUCCGCUCUCCUCGCCCUCUGCCUCGAGAGCCAGGGUCUCAGUGGCUAUGACUGGUGUGGCCUGUUGGGCAGCACCCUGGGACUAAUCAUCAUUGUGGGACCUGGACUGGGGACGCUGCAGGAGGGGACCACAGGCCUCUACACUGCCCUGGGCUACGUGCUGGCUUUCCUGGGAGGGUUGGCAUUGUCACUGGGGCUUCUGGUCUACCGCUCCCUGCACUUUCCCUCCUGCCUACCGACAGUGGCCUUCCUGUUUGGUUUGGUGGGGCUGCUGGGUUCCGUGCCGGGCCUCUUUGUGCUGCAGACCCCCGUGCUGCCCAGUGACCCUCUGAGCUGGAGCUGUGUCGGGGCAGUGGGGAUCCUCGCCUUGGUCUCCUUCGUGUGCGUGAGCUACGCGGUCACCAAGGCCCACCCUGCCCUGGUGUGUGCGGUCCUGCACUCUGAGGUGGUGGUGGCCCUGAUGUUGCAGUACUACGUGCUCUAUGAGACCGUGGCACCUUCCGACAUCAUGGGGGCAGGGGUCGUGUUGGGCAGCAUUGCCAUCAUCACCGCCCAGAACCUCAGCUGUGAGAGGGAAGGGCAGGGGCCAGGAGAUACCCCACUCGUCCCAGGAGGCUGCUCGACAAACAUCGGCUACUUCCGGAGGCGCAACCGGCCUCGCCAUCUUGGUCUAUUCAUGCAUAUUCAGAGAGAAACUGCAUAUUCAAGAGCGAGGACAGCCCCAGCGCCGCCCCUCCCUCCGGAACCCGCUCGGGAGGAGCCGGCCGGCCCCGCCUCCAUCACGGACUCGCAGAACACACCAUUUCUCAGCUGGCGGAGGGGGGCGGGCGUCAAGGAGAGUCUUUUGCUGAAGACGAAACCAUACGCCAAGCUGAAAUAA